GAGUUUUCUUGAGGCUUCGCGAAUGGGGAGACAGGCUUGUUGUGUGAAGCAGAAGUUGAGGAAAGGGUUGUGGUCACCGGAGGAGGAUGAGAAGUUGUUUAAUCACAUUGCUAGAUAUGGUGUCGGUUGCUGGAGUUCGGUUCCUAAAUUAGCUGGAUUGCAGAGGUGCGGAAAGAGUUGUAGACUGAGAUGGAUAAAUUACCUGAGGCCCGACCUCAAGAGAGGAAUGUUUUCGCAGCAAGAGGAGGAUCUUAUACUUGGUCUCCAUCAGGUUCUUGGAAACAGGUGGGCUCAAAUUGCAGCACAAUUACCCGGAAGAACAGACAAUGAGAUCAAGAAUUUCUGGAACUCGUGUUUGAAGAAGAAGCUAUUAAAGCAAGGUAUCGAUCCUAACACACACAAGCCAUUAAGCGAGGCUGAGGUUGUAGCCACGAAUGAGAAGAAUCAUACAGACGGAGCUUCCAUACUACAACCACCACAAGGGCAUCCUAAUGUGUUUGCACCAAUUUCAACUGAUAAUGGUAAUGUAAAAUAUGCUGAAGCUUCGAAGGACCCUAUGGACAGAAAACCAAACUUUGAUCCUUUGUUCUUGCUUGAAUUCCAAGAAAGAGUUAAUCUAAGCGGAUACAGUUCAGGUCUCAUGGGGCAAUUUCAGAAAACUGAGACAAUCUAUGACCACAACCAGUUUGAUGUCAAACCAAAAUUUGGCUUUUCCUCCAUGCCAAAUUUAACAAAUUAUGAUAUUCAAGGUCUAGCAGAAACAGAAUUUUCUGCGAAUACAGCUUCUACAAUGAGUUCGCUAAUUUUCAAUGAAGUGAAGGAAAGUUCAGGUAAUAGCUCAAUUGUAAAUAGUACUGCAAAUGCCGCACUGGAGUUGGACAAAAUGGUUGAGAAUGAUAGAACUUUCUCAUGGGAUGCGGAUAACAGCUUUGAAUCAAUGUUCCAGUUUGGUGAAAUAAAAUCUGAAGAAUCGCCAAAUGCAGGUCACUGGCAAGGACAGUUUCAAGCUCAGUGUGCUGAUGAUUACAUUAGUUAUCCCUUAAUGUCCCCGUCACAAGAUCUCAUCGGAGAGAAUGCAGAUAUUUUUCAACAAGUAUAAAUUUUAGAUUGAAUGGUAUUCUCAAAUCAUAAAUAAUCCAUACAUAUGUUUAUAGCACAGGAUUUCAGUUAAAAGGUUUUGAGGUGAGCUUAGUUGAGUUGUUCCCACACUAUUAUGUGUCUGUUAUUGUAAAUAUUGUAUUUUACGAGUGCUGAAUAAGAAUUUACCGUUGU